AUGGCAACGGUGGUCGGCAAGCUACUGGAAUUUGAUUCCAACAGCGGAAGCUUGGACGUCUUCGUCGAACGCUUCGAACUGUACACCUCGGCUAAUGAGGUCGCCGAGGCCAAGAAGCUACAUCUAUUCCUGAGCGCGAUCGGAGAAGAAGCGUACGUGACGCUCCGAAGCCUGCUCCUCCCAAAGACGCCCAGCACAGCGACGUACAAGGAAGUCGUGGCGGCGCUGCAGAAGCACUAUUCCCCAAGGCGUUCAGUGGUGAGCGAAAGAUACCACUUUAAUCAAAGGAAGCAAGCGCCUCAAGAAAGUGUCACAGACUUCGUGGUCCAGCUCAAGAAAUUGGCAGCCUCAUGCGAUUUCGGCAGCUUCCUGGAACAAUCAUUGCGGGACCGCCUGAUAGCCGGUCUGAAUUCCGAGGCCAUACGUUGCCGGUUGCUGGCGAUGACCGACAUCGAGCUCACCUGGGACCGUGCUUUCAACAUCGCUACAGCCAUGGAGAUGGCAGCGAGAGAUGCAUUGGGAAUGGUUGCGGAAAACAGCGCUGCACAGUUGUACAGCAGCAGCGACGUCCACUGGCAGAGCAAAUCAUCGAAGCUGCGACCGCGCUCAGAGUUCUCGCCGGACCUACGUCCGCAGCCCCUGCCCCGCAUGCCACUUAUGGCAGAGAAGACGCCGUGA